UAUGUUGAGGGGGUUUAAAUGCCUUCACUAAGUUUUCUUUACAUGAUUUCAGUCACCUAAAUCGCGACUGGGAAAGUUGCCAGAGAGACUUACUCGUGAUGAGUUUAACGACGUUGCUGAACUACAGGCCACUUGGAGAAACACACGGGCGCUGACGUCAUGUCCAUUCAAGGACUUUCGAGCAAAGUUUCAUGGUCGACAGGUAAAUGCAAGGAUAAAGGCGGCUGUCGAAGCCAAAGAAAAGGACUGUCGCACUUGAAGGAGAACCACUUCGUCCUUCGGCAGCAGGCGUGAGCAGCCAUGAGUUUGACAGCUAGUCUACACACUCACCCGGACGCCCUUCACCACCAUGACAUUGUCGUUCUCGUCUGACUCAAAAGACACACGCCGGGUGCUGCUGUUACCUCCCAUUUGAACACCAAUGAAGUGAAAAUUUACGACAUGAACAGACCGAAGACGAGGAGUCAGUCACUCAUGUGAAUCUCCGUUAGCUGCCGGACAACAUCAACACUUCCUUAGCAUGACGUAGUGGACAAAACACGGCUUCGCGAUUGGACAAGAACAAACAACGGCCGUUUCUAUUGGUGCAUUUGAGAAAACCCACCUCCAAGUUUGCAUGCGUUUUUAUUUGGACGGUAACUUUCAUUCUCAACCAUUCAUUCGCACGACGGAGUCACAGUGGACUGGAGCGCGUCUCAGAAUUGCAAUAUGCAUCUAAACACAUUUGAAUGACACAAAUGUACAUUCAGCAGUUGACAUAUGUGAAUAGAAUAGCCUUUAUUGUCCCUGUAGAGUGUGCAACCAGAUUUGAGCGCUACUCCCUUGGUGCAAACAAUGUAAAAAAGAAUAUAUCAAAAACAAUCAAGCAAAGCAGAAAACAACAAGUAGGUACUCAUAAAUAAUAUAUACACAAGUAGCAGCAGUAAAAAGAGCCUACUAACAGAAAGUGGAUGUAAACGUUAAUAUUUUAUUGCACAUAGUUAUUUCUUUAUUGCACUCUGAUAUUUAUCUAGUCAUAAAGUGUAUAGUGACCAUACACGCAUUGGCUUCACGCUGCGCAUUAAUGCAAGGUAUGUGGCGCCCUUGAUCACUUGGCCUGAUGGAUGAUAAAGAUUUUGCACUUAGAUCUAUUGAGUAAACCGAUCAAACAGUCAUGUCCUACCUUUGUGCCCUUGUUUUUCAUCCACACACCUCUCAGUCACAUCAAUCAUUCUGUGUUCACACAUGCCAAGCUGGAAGUCAUCUUUGGCCCUCUUGGGUGAAAACAAAAUCCAUUAGAUCACAUGGACUGAUGGCACAGAGGCUGAAGACAAGCUUAAAGUGGAACUCAAAUGAAUAAUGGCGCGGAUCCACUACAUUUCCCACCAUCCCUUGCGGUCAACUGUUUCCUGUUUGGGCGCUGCGGCUGGAAAAAUGGCAGCAGACGCUGGGCGAUACAGAAGUGCGGUAAACAAAAACAAAGACCCCUCUGGUCUCCUCAUCUCCGUCAUUAGGACCCUGUCCAGCAGCGACGACGUACAGGACAGAGAGACGGAGAAGGGCCGUCUGGAAGACGCCUUUGAGACGUGUGAUCGUGGCUUGGACGAGCUGAUUGUUCAGCAUUAUGCAGAACUCACCACUGCGAUCAAGACAUACCAAAGCAUCACAGAGCGCAUCACCAGCUCCAGAAACAAGAUCAAGCAGGUCAAGGAAAACCUUCUGUCAUGUAAAAUGCUGCUUCACUGCAAAAGAGAUGAGCUGAGGAAGUUGUGGAUAGAAGGCAUCGAGCACAAGCAUGUGCUGCAGCUACUGGAUGAAAUCGAGAGCAUCAAACAAGUUCCUCAGAAACUGGAGACCUACAUGGCCAGCAAGCAUUACCUCCAUGCUACAGACAUGCUGGUGUCUGCUGUGGAGUCUUUAGAGGGUCCCUUGUUACAAGUGGAGGGUCUGGGAGAUCUGCGUCUGGAACUCAAAACCAAGAAACUCAACAUCCACCUCGUUCUCAUCGACGAGCUUCACCGACACCUUUAUAUCAAGUCCACCAGUCGCCUGGGGCUCAAGAACAAGGACAAGAAUGCAUCACGCUUUCCAGGCUCCUCGAUCAAAGACACGUCUCCGGCUCCUGCGUUGGAUGUCGGCAGCCUGUCCACCCCACGCAAGCUCUUAGAUUCAUCACAGUUCGGCAUGCGUGGCUCCGGCACUGCCGAUGAUGUCCGCGACUUGAGCCAGUCAGACCUUCCAGAGGUGGAUCCUGAGGAGAACAGCGCUGAGUUCAUGGGGAUCCUCAUCAAGGCUCUCGCCAAAUUGAAGAAAAUACCAGAAACAAUAAAUGCUAUCAUGGAGCGCCUGGAACCUGAGCUGAAGCAGAUUGUUAAACGCUCCACGACUCAGAUCGCAGACCAUGCUUACCAGAGGGGAGAGAGUCUGGCUCAGGAGAGCCAGCCCAGAAUCAAGAGUGGCUGUCUUCAUGGCGUUAUUUUGGGAUCAGCAUACAUGCACGAUGAGCUCCUUGAAAUAACGUGCUGUGGAUGGAAGUCAUCGUUGCUCCUGGAACUGCUGGAGCUGUUGUUCGACAAGUUCAAGGCUGUAGCUCAGGCCCACGGCGUGGUUCUGGCUCACCUGCAGCAGAUUGCGGGCCAGUGUCCGGGCAGCGCCCACGAGGAGGGCAUCAAGUUGUACGAGCAGGCGGACGUCUCUGCCAAGAUCCAGACAGUUCUGCAGGUCCUGCUCAUGGAAUACCUGGACGUGAAGAACAGCCGCAGUACCACCGAACAGUCGGCCCAGCUGUCCUAUGCUAGCACUGGCAGCGAGUUCGCUGCCUUCUUCGCCAAGAAAAGACCGCAGCGUGCGAGGCAGUCGCUCUUCAAGUUUGAGUCAUCGUCUCACGCCAUCAGCAUGAGCGCCUACCUCCGAGAACAGAGACGGGAACUCUACAGCAAGAGCGGGGAGCUGCAAGGUGGCGCUGAUGACAACCUGAUGGAAGGAGGGGAGAUGAAGUUCCUGUGUAAACCUGGAGCGAGGAACAUCACCGUGAUCUUCCAGCCUCUGCUCAGCUUCAUCCAGGAGAUGGAGAUGAACAUGGGUCCCGGUCCAGCCAAGCAGUGCCAGCUCCGAACCUUCCUCACAUACUACAUCAAUGACCUCUUCCUCAACCAGGUGCGGACAGAAAUCAACAAAGAAAUGGAGUCGGUGAGCAAGACCGCUGACCCCUUGAAGAUCCUGGCCAGCGCCGACACCAUGAAGGUGCUGGGUGUGCAGCGGCCCCUCCUGCAGAGCACCGUGGUGGUGGAGAAGUCCAUCCAAGACCUGAUGAGCCUGAUGCAGGACCUGAGCGCCUACUCCAACCAGUUCCUGGAAAUGGUGUGUGACAAGCUGAAGGAGUACAAGGAGAUCUGCAACACGGCCUACAGAGGCAUCGUCCAGUGUGAGGAGAAACUGACCAUCAGCGCCUCCUGGUCCAAAGACGAGGACAUCAGCCGCCUGCUCCAGUCUCUCCCCAACUGGGUGAACAUGACCCAGCCCCGGCAGAACCGACAGAAGCGGGAGGACGAGGAGGAUUUCACCAGGGUGGCCUUUGCUAAGGAGUCUGAGGUGCUGACAGGGAACCUCGGGGACAAGCUGAUCCCCCAGAAUGAGAUCCUGCGCGACGUCAGUGACCUCAAGGCUCUGGCCAACCUGCAUGAAAGCAUGGAGUGGCUGGCCGCCCGCCUCAGGACCUUCUUCGCUCAUCUGCCUUUGGCAUCCACCCUGGCGCCGGUGCCGGCAGAGGGCCACGCCCCCGGCGAGGGCGAGCGCAGCCGAGAGCAGAUCCUCCAGACGCUGAGCGACCUGUGCAAGAGCUUCCAGGACGUCGCCGACCGCUGUCUCCUGGCCUUACACCUGGAGGUCCGGGUGCAUUGCUUCCACUACUUGAUCCCGCUGACCAAGCAGGGGAACUACGCCAUCGUGGCCAACGUGGAGAGCAUGGACUACGACCCCCUGGUGGUCAAACUCAACAAGGACAUCUCUGCCAUCGAGGAGGUGAUGAGCGCAGCCCUGCAGCAGCACAAGUUCCAGUACAUCUUUGAAGGUCUGGGCCACCUCAUCUCCUGCAUCCUCAUCAAUGGGGCGCAGUACUUCAAGAGAAUCAGCGAGUCGGGCAUCAAGAAGAUGUGCAGGAACAUCUUCGUUCUCCAGCAGAACCUCACCAACAUCACCAUGUCCCGAGAGGCCGACCUGGACUUCGCCAGGCAGUACUACGAGAUGCUGUACAACACAGCGGAGGAGCUGCUCCACCUGGUGGUGGACCAGGGCGUGCGCUACACCGAGCUGGAGUACAUCAACGCUCUGUCCCUCCUGCACCGCAGCCAGACGGGUGUGGGCGACCUGGGCCAGCAGAACACGCGGCUGCAGCGCCUCAAGGAGAUCAUCUGCGAGCAGGCGGCCAUCAAGCAGGCCAGCAAGGACAAGAAGAUCACCACCGUGUGACCCACCCGCCCCUCGCUCCUCCACCAACCGUCCAUGGUCAGGGGCAACCCAUGGGUGCCGCGUGGCCCCGCCUCCCGCUCUCUGCUGCAUCGAAUGCAUAUCUGAAGUGGCAGGUGGAAGAGUUGCUUCAUGUCAUCACCAUCAUCAUCAUCAUCAUCAUCUUCUGAGCUCAGGCCGCUGCCUCUGACUGGACCGUGGCCUGGUGUCAGGGAUGGUUCACUCCUCACAAUA